ACUAUAUCGACCACAAGUAAAUUUAGUGACUGCAUGCACUGCCGUAUUUACUUCUUCACUAUCUCCCCUGGAUGUGGCGAGGGUUAGCCCUAGGAAGGAGCUCAAUUUCAAUUUCUUACAAAUUCAAGUUUAGACAAGAGCAGAGCUGUGUACGUCUGUUGCCACCAUGGAACAGUAUAGCUUAACGACAAACUUUAUUGUUGGCUGUAUUUUCUGGCCAACUACAUUUCAUUUAAUAUGGUUUCUGCUGUCUUUCAAGAUAUCCGACGCCAGAGCCUGCGGCACGGCUAUGCGACUGGUGUCGAUUAUCCAUGCCAUCUUAGCAGCGACCGUGGGAACUAUCUCAGUCAUGGCUACAUACAAAGACAUCAUCCAAGAUGACCACUGGUUAUUGAACUACUUUGCUGCGUUUGCCUACCCUUACAUGCCGUAUGACACAUACAGUAUGUACCAUGUCUUCAUACGAGAGAAGAACAAGCAAGAUCUGCCGUUUUUCACGAGAGUGACGUCAUUCCUGAAAUCACUAGAUCUGGAAAUAUUCCAUCACGCUAUCUCCACAUUCCUGGGCUACCCCAUUAUACUGCACUACCGUCACAACAAAGGAACCUUUAUUGUAGGAUGCGUGUAUAUAACAGAAUUCAGCACUCCGUUCGUAAACCUGAGAAAAAUACUUAUUAAGAAUGGUUACGGCUCCUCCUGGAUGUUCACUAUCAACAACCUUGUUGUCCUGAUCCUGUUCUUCCUGGUCCGAGUGGCCCUCUGGCCCGCCAUGUACAUCGUCUACGCGGUCAACAAGCAGAUGGGCCCCUCCCUGGUCCUGACCAGCGUCCCCUACGGCUGUCACAUCGCCAUGACGAUCGUCUUUGCCCUCCAGACGUCUUGGUACGUCCUCUUCUGCCGCGGCUUCUUCAAGCCCGUGAAACCCUCGCAGCAUGUCAAGCACAACGAGGGCAGUGCCAGCAACGGAGUCGCGUCCGUGGGCAGUGGUACGAAGCAGGACUAAACCUGGUGGGUGUUUCACAAAACUUGUCAUCAGUGACAAACGACAGUCUUUGUUAUAAGCUACUGAAAUCCUUGCUUCUGAUUGGUUAUCAGCAGAUUUGUCACUGAUUUUUGUCAUUUGUCAUCAAAAAAAGACUUUGUGAAACGGGGCCCUGGCCUGGAAGUAGGCCUACUGAUGGUAAGGAAGGUAUUUAUGGUUAUUUAUACAGGGUUAGAAAAUGAAUGAGUAGAGCUAGCUAGUUGUAACAUCAAGCAUUGGCCUGCCUUUUAGAAUUUGGCUGAUUAUUUCAUAUUUCACUAUGAUGAUCUCCAGGCUAUGACCCUCGGCUGUAUUGCAAGGCUUUGGUCUGUACCUUCUUUUUUUUUAAAGAAGAACAAAAUGAAUUUUUCAAAUAUCUGAAGAAGCGUCAGUAGAAUACCCUACCUUUGUGUAUUACAUUAAUAUAUAUGUCUCUGUAUUUUAAUUGUGGCCAUUGAGAUCUAGGAAGAAUUAAUACGUACCAAUUGAUGUGUAAAUGUAUUAUGUAAUGAAUAAAUGUAUAAAUUAAUAAAUACAUGUGAAAUGUUGAAGUAAAGGAGUAGUGGUAAAUAAAAAAAGAAUAAAAUGCAACAAACUUACAAAGGACCAAUUUUUUUGUAUUACUUUGUAGUAUUUUUUUUCAAAGUUCCCAAUCAUCUAGACUAUUAUUUUUUCAUAGCCAGGAGGACGUUAUAUAACUUGGUCUGAAAAAUAUCUUAGUUUUUGAUGUUUUGUUGGAUACCUCAUCCCAUUCGAUUUCGUCAGUUUUGUUUUAAUGUAAGUCAAGAAAAAUCAGGUUCUGAAACCAAAUAAGGAAACAGAAACAGUAAAGAAUCUAAAAUGAUAUUGGUUUUUGAUGAAUGAGCUUAGAAAUUUGCAUUAGGGUCUAAAGAACAUUAAAAAUUCUGUAGCUUUUUAGCAAAACUGUCCAAGCAAAUAUCAUGUUACUUAAUCUAGUUCUUGGAUUAGAAGAAUCACAGAGUUUUAUCGGAUUCCUGGUUUAAUUUGGUGAUUCAGGGCCACACAACCUUCCGUGUAACAAAAGUGUAAGGUAACGCAACGUUUUGUAGAUUUGCCGUAAAGUUGUCACAAAGUGUCAGGUAUAUUGGACCAUUUAUAGAUGAGAGGGUUUUAUUUCACAAACAUUCCCCCACCCCCCCCCCCUCCCCCCCGAUAUUUCGUGAAUAAAUGGGCGUGUUUCAAAAAAGGGUUUGGUAAUGCUACCACCCGACGCAAUGACCUGAUGAUUCAAAGUGAGCCAAUUUGGUGCAUGCAAGAUUAAGAAGACUUGCACACAUGUCAGUUGGUAAUUCCAAAAGUCCUAUGUACAUGCAAUCUGUGGCAAUUGGCAAUGAAACUGCAAGAGUAUCUCUUUGAAAUUAUAGUAAUUAAUAUAUUGUAUUUUGAUUUUGCGGUGAAUGUGCUAUAAAUUAUGUCAAGAAUAGAAUCAUGUGAAAGCUUGUAUCUCUGAUCGGUCACUUCACUCAGGAAAUGUGAUGAUAUGAUGUUAGUUGGUCAAAGAUUCACUGCUUUUGAUUGACAGGACCGAUUGAUGUGUGCUCUUUUAAUCAUGAAAUAUUUACACGUAUCUCUAAAGGCUUGGUCAGAUGUGACGGAGAUCUUUUUUAACGAUGACAUAAGGUAUUAAAUGCGUCACAUGUAUGUUGUCUGACAACACA